GCGUCGGGGAGGAGGCGGAGGGAGAUCACGUGACCGUGUGGGGGGGGGGCCCGCCGCCGCCGCCGCCAGUGCUGCCGCCGACGCUUUGUGAGCACGUUGGGCAGAUUUUCUAUUUUGUACAUACAUUGUUUUGUAUAUACUGUAUAUGAUGACUUCGGUGGGCAGUGAACGUACUCGGGGCACUCGAGAAAAAACACAGAUUCCAGCCGCGCAGCCGACACAACCACAGAAACCAGUAGUCCAGGCCACGGCAGAGCAGAUUCGCUUGGCUCAAAUGAUAUAUGACAAGAACGAUGCAGACUUUGAAGAUAAAGUGAAACAACUGAUGGAAGUGACAGGGAAGAAUCAGGAUGACUGCAUGGUAGCUCUGCACGAUUGUAAUGGCGAUGUGAACAGAGCAAUCAACCUCUUGUUGGAAGGAAGCUCCGAUACAACUUUGUGGGAGACAGUCGGAGGCAAGAAGAAAAGCCUUGGGAAAGAGGGCUCAGAAAACAAAGAGAACAGAGAAAAACGAGGGGACAGAGAAGUCAGCCGUGGCCGGGGACCGUCCAGCAGACGAGGAAGAGGGGGCAGCCGUGGUCGAGAGUUUAGAGUCGAAGAAAAUGGAGUAGAAACGCCACCGGGUGAUAGGCCUUCCGAUCGUGGCAAACGCGGCAAAGGGAGAGGAUUUGGACGGGCCAGAGGAAGAGGAACGGGGAGGUUUUCAUCCCAAGGCAUGGGGACGUUUAACCCUGCAGAUUACACCGAUUCCUCAGCCACCGACGGCUUUGGGGCUAAGCAGGAGUCUUGGGAACUGGGAGAGAACGAUGCCGCUGAAGGAACAGGAGCAUGGAAGAACUCAAUAGAAGAAUGGACAGCUGAAGACUGGAACGAAGAUCUUUCGGAAACAAAGGUCUUCACAGCUUCAUCAGUUCCAGCCGAGAACCAUGUCGUUUCUGGUCAAAGCAUUGACCUGGUGACGCUGCUUCAGAAUCCUGGCGCCCCGAACCAAGACCCAGAGGCCGCCUCCUUCAAUGCCACUCAGCAGCAAGGCUUCGGCCAGGCGCUCGUCUUCACCAAUUCCCAGCACAACCCUCCGACGGCCUCGGGAACAAACAACCCAAGCACUGUGAACACUUACUCGGCACAAAGCAUGUCUUCGGUGCUGAGUUCUGGAUUCCGAGAGCUGAGUUCUUCAAAGUUAGCCAACUCUACUGGAUCUCAGAUUUUGGAACCGCUGAAAUCUCCAGGUUUGGGCCAGUUGGCCUCACAGGGUCCUCUCAGUACAGCCUCUCCAGUGUCCGCAACUCCAACCUCAUCCUGGGAUGUCAAAUCUUCGACUACGCAGCCUUCGAUCCUCAGCCAUUUCGACUUCAAAUCCCAACCUGAGCCGUCCCCGGUCCUGAGUCAACUGACCCAGCGGCAGCAGCAACCCCCGCCCCCACCGGCAGCCGCCGUCCCACCUCCCGGGCUGGAAUAUUUCGCCUCUCAGAAAGCCCGGGAGCCCUUGCCGGUGGACAGCUGCGCAGCUGGCAACAAAACCGUCCCACUCUCCAGCCUGUGUCCAGAAAACCAAGGGGUGCCAGCCCACCAAACGCAGCAGAAGCAGAUCAAGCUGUCAAAGCGGAGGACGCCCCCAGUUUCAAAAAUCCCUUCCUCCGCGGUGGAAAUGCCCGGAUCGACGGAUGUUUUGGGCCUAAAUGUACAAUUUGGGGCCCUUGAAUUUGGGCUGGAACCGGCGGUCUCAGAGUUUGGACCCGCUUCAAGCUACGAAAGCAGCCCAGCACCCAAUAAUAUCUUGUACACCAAGCCUGUAAAUGAACCUCUGAAUACCUCUUUGCCAAUGUCCAAUACAGCACAGGAGUCCACCUACGUCAGCCCUGUGGUCACGUCCAGCCUGACCUGCUCUGUCCAGAGCACUAGCCUUGUCUCGGCCUCUUCCUCCUCCUCCUCCUCCUCUUAUGACCAGGCCUCUGUGCAUAACAGGGUGACAUACCAAAGUCCGGUGCCUCUGUCAGAACCUGCCUCCGUGGCUGUCAUGAAUGGACACAACGGUGUUCGAAUGCAGCCAGCUCUUGAUACUGCUUCGUCCGUUCCCACGUCAAAGCUGGAAACCUCUCCUCCAUCCCUACCUGCCCAAGGUCCUUCGUUGCCGAGCACCACGGCUUCCACCUCUCUGCUUUUGCCUUCAGCACCUUCUCACACGGCGGCACUUCCAUCAAGUGACUUGGCCAACAGCUCCCUUUCUCAGUUAAGCAGUUCUCUCUCAGAUCAUCCAAGCGGCCUCUCUUCUGCCUCGUCACAUACGCACAACAGCGUCGAGAACGCAGCCGCCCUCCAGCCCUCCAACACUUUCUCAGUUGCCGCCACCCUGGCUGCCACCUCUUCGGCCCCCAGCCUGGCCUGCACCACCCACAGCAGCCUCGGCCUGAAUGCCGCCAGCGUCUCUCUGCCAAUCCCCACCAGCCGGGCCGCUCCCUUGGCGUCUUCAGGCAAAGCGCCCCCCAACCUGCCCCAAGGCGUGCCACCCUUGUUGCAUAACCAGUAUUUUGUGGGACCCGGAGGACUCCUGCCUGCCUACCCACAGAUUUAUGGUUAUGACGAUCUUCAGAUGCUCCAAUCCAGGCUGCCUAUGGAUUACUAUGGAAUCACAUUCCCUGCUCCUGCGAACCUGACCAGCAGAGACGGAGCCCUUGCUAACAACCCUUACUCAGGUGAUCUCACAAAAUUUGGCCGUGGAGAUGCAGCUUCACCCGCGCCCGCCACCACGCUUGCCCAGGCUCAGCAGAACCAGACGCAGGCCCACCACACUGCUCAACAGGCUUUCCUCAACCCCACGUUGCCGCCCGGGUACAGCUACACCGGCUUGCCAUAUUACGCCGGGGUGCCAGGAGUGCCCAGUGCUUUCCAGUACGGCCCCACCAUGUUUGUCCCGCCAGCCUCGGCCAAGCAGCACAGCGUGACCUUGAACGCCGCUUCCACGCCCUUCCAGCAGGCUGGCAGCUACGGGCAGCACAGCUACGGAGCAGGCUAUGACGACCUCACCCAGGGGCCGGCGGCUGGAGACUACAGCAAAGGGCCGUAUGUUGCCGCCUCGCAAGCACAAAACAAAUCAGCUGCCGGCGGAGCAGGGAAAGGUGUUUCUGUGAACUCAAGUAACACAGGAGUACCUGACAUUAGUGGCUCUGUCUACAACAAGGCUCAGACUUUCGACAAGCAGGGAUUCCAUGCCGGGACCCCUCCCCCGUUCAACCUUCCCUCAGCCCUCAGCUCCACGGGGCCCCUGAACCCCGGGGCCGCUCCUGGCUACGCCCCGGCACCCUUCCUUCAUAUCUUGCCUGCGCACCAACAGCCACAUUCCCAGGUGCUGCACCAUCAUCUUCAGCAGGACGGGCAGGGGGGGUCUGGCCAACGCAACCAGCCAAGUGCCCUGCAGCAGAAACCUCAGGGGACAAAAACCACCUAUGGAACGUCUCCAUACUGGACGAACUAAGCUCUGGCGCAGAGGAAAAGGCCGGGAGACAGUCCGGAGCAGCCCAGGUCGUUCUCAGGCUCCCACCGGAGACGGUCGACUACAGAGGGAAGAGACGC